AUGCAGGUAGAUGGCGAGGGUGAGGACUCACUAAUCCAGAGGCUGAAAGCCGGUGGCGAGUCAAGAUCGGCUUCAGGGGUUGAAACCAAAAGAAAAUCCGAGCAAGUAGGGGAAACGAGCCACAAGAGAGUCAAAGUUGCGCCUCGGGAGCGACUCGAGGGGGUCUCAGCAAGAAGGAAACCUGCUUACGACGCAAGAAAGACGCCGCCGCCAGUUGUAAGCAACAGGCCAUCAGUGAUCGGGUUUUCCACAGCUGGCCCAAGGAACCAAGGCACUAUUUCCACGAAGAAGCUAAAGCCUCCAAAGGAUGUUGGAACUGGCGGACCCGUUGCAGUGGAGUUGCGUAUGCACGAUGUUCUCAAUCCCACGAUCAAUCAGGGGGAAGCAGGCUUCGCUCCAGUACAAGAGGCACUUGAAAUACUUCCAGAAGAUGUCCAACAUGAACUCAAAGACGCAGGAGAUGCUCAAAAGGAAGCCCGCGGUUCAAUUCAGCGGAUACAGGCCGAGCAUCUCAAAAAUGGCAACGCGCUUGCGACUCGUGAGGCAAGUACACAAAAGCAUCGAGCCCAAAAGCGCAGACUCGCGCCCGUCGAUGACCCUGCAGCGUGGGAGCAUGAGCAACUUUCCAAGCGUCAAAAGCGAGAUAUGGAAACUCCACCUACUGCGCAUCAUCAUCAUCCUAGAAUGCUCCCUGAUCUUAGUCCUGCUAUGAUUCAUGACAGAUCUCAACCGCUUGGCUCUCAAAACACAAGAGUCAACGAGAAUGGCAGCCCAAUGCCAUUCUUUAUCACUCGUAAUGAGAACAUAGCAGCUGAAGAGCAGAAUUCAGAUGAGGACGAAGGCAACGAUGCGCUUGCGGAGGUUCGGCUUGAUGAGCAGAUCGUGUUGCAAGACGAUAAUCCCAUGUUACCAGAGCCAUUUCUUCCUCUUCGACCUCUUGUCUCAGUCUCUCAGUCAAAGACUACGGCGUAUCAAAGUCUCUCGAAUAAUAGCAAACAAGUACCCAGCUCACCUCAUGCUCCCUCGGCUUUUGGCACGAUGCCACCUCACCACAUUUACCACGACGGAGAGAUGGUGAACGCAGAGACAAGGGAGUCGAUCGUACCAGUUAACCUUCAAGAUCCUUUCCUUGGUGCCACACAAAACCCCCUGAAUCCUUUCAUGAAUGCCCUCCGCAAAUCAACCGAAGUUGCAGCUAAGCGUCCCAAUCCCGGAGCCAAUGACAAAAGAGGAUCGGGCAGUGUGGUAAUGCGCCCAUCCCUUAAUGUGGGUGAUGACCCCGACGAAACACUGGUGGAGCCAAAGAAGAGGAAAAAAUACAAAAAAGUCCAUAUAUCAGUUAGCUCUUCCAGUACGCAAUCGAGCUCUUCCACACAAGCAUCCCAGCCCGAUAAUUCUUCGGAAGAAGAAAGUGAUGGGGAGGCGAGAUGGCGAAAAGAACUGGAGCCGCACCAGGGGAAUAUGCUCCAGUGUCUCCUGACGAUCUCACAUCGUUUGAUUCGACAUCUGGUCGACAAAGAGACAGCCGUCGGAGACAUAGUCACCGACUUUGCGAGCCGUGGUAAUAGUCUAGUCGAAAGCUAUGAGAAGGGGCUUCAGGACGAACUUGACUCACAUAGAGCAAACAAUGACCGGAGACAUGCGAACUUGGUAAAGACCUUUGAGAAAGCGCAGGCAGACCGGGCGGCGACUUCCAAAGCAGUGGUCAAAUCGCAUGUUCAAGAUAUGAAAGCGCAGUGGGAAAUACGGCAGCAGGCUCUGAUGGGAAAGAUGGCCGCAGCAAUGGCAGCCUGCGCUGAGUGA